AUGAAGCUCUCAGAUGAGUGUAGACACCAGUGUGACAACAAAACCCGCUGUGUUCCUGAAACGUUCCUCUGUGAUGGAGAGAAAGACUGUGUGGAUGGCACUGACGAAGCCAACUGCGUUGUAGAGCCGUGUUCGGGUGAUCGUUUCCAGUGCAGUAAUGGUCAGUGUGUGGCUCUGAGUCUCCGCUGUGAUGGGUAUGCAGACUGUCGUGAUCACACAGAUGAGAAGGGCUGUCCUCAGCCUCCACACUGUCCUCUGGAUCAUCGCUGCCCUCACACUCACGAGUGUCUGCUGAAAGAGUGGCUCUGUGACGGAGACAAGGACUGCAGCGACGGCUCUGAUGAGAGGAACUGCAAAGCGACUCCGCUGAAAUGUGGAGAGUUCCAGUGGUCAUGUGCAUCCAGAACUCAAUGCAUUGCAAAGACCUGGAGGUGUGAUGGCAUGAAAGACUGCCAGGAUGAGAGCGACGAAUUUGGGUGUGGUCAAUCGAAAUGCCCAACGCACUUGUUCCAGUGUGGAGAUGGGGAGUGUGUGGACCCAGAUCUAGUGUGCAACAAAGCGUCAAACUGUGCAGACGGCUCUGAUGAGGGUGUGGGGUGUCUGAAGAACAACUGCUCAAGUCCUGGAAGCCCAUCAUGCCAACACUACUGCAUCAACACUCCACAUGGAGCAAGAUGUGGCUGUAAGACUGGCUUCAAGCUUCACUCUGACGGGUUAUCCUGCGUUGACGUAGAUGAGUGUAAAGAGAUUCAGCCUGCUGCAUGCAGUCAUAAAUGCUACAACACACUGGGCUCCUACAUCUGUCAGUGCCAUCCUGAAUUUAUACUGGAGCCUGAUGGUCACAGCUGCAAAACUGCUGAUGAGCCCAGUCUUUUGGUCUCUGAACAGGAUGAGCUGUUAAAUUUGGGUCUGCGAAGCUUCAGUAUUCAGACACUCACCGCUCCUGGACGGAAACCCAUCUUUUCUCUGGACUAUGAUCUGAGGGAGAGAAGGGUUUACUGGGCCAGUCUGGAGGACGAGAGCAUCAAAUAUGCCUUCCAUGGAGAAAAGGACAAUACUGGAACUAUUGUCAAAGGUGUGAAGUCAGACUGCAUUGCCAUUGACUGGAUUGGAAGGAAUCUUUACUGGGUGGAUGGAGUUGCUGGGCAGAUUCUAGCUGUGAGACUGAGCAACAGUGUUGUACAUCCACAAAACUAUGUUGUAGUUUUGGAUGAGGAUCUGAAGCAGCCAAACUCACUUGUGCUGUUGCCUCAAAAAGGGAUCAUGUUGUGGUCACAGGUUGGAGGUCAAGCACAGAUCGAGCGCUCCAGCAUGGACGGAUCAGACAGGAGGGCAGUGAUCAGACGUGGACUCAACUGGCCUGUCAGUGUGACGGUGGACAUUCUGACCGACAAAGUCUACUGGACCGACAAGAAGCUUGGGUGUAUUGGCUCAGCGACACUGGAUGGAGAAAACAUAAGGUUUCUCCAGCUGUCUCAUAUGCCCAGUCCAUUCUCCAUGGCUGUGUUUAAUAGUAUGAUCUACUGGUCUGACACUCAGAGAAGAUCUGUUCAAGGGGCCAAUAAACUGACUGGAAAGAACCGCAGAGUUUUUCUCAAAAGACCCGGACAGCCAUUUGCUCUUAAAGUUGUCCACCCUCUUCAGCAGCCCAGUGUCCCAAACCCCUGUCAGAGUCUCCACUGUUCUCACGUGUGUCUGCUGGCUCCAGGACUCAGAGCGGUGUGUCGCUGUCCCACCAGAGCUCCUCUGGCUGCGGAUGGAUUGACUUGUGGUUCGACAUUGGAUGAUUCCUCAUCUUACCUUAUGUUACUGUCUCUCACCACGAUCACACAGAUUUUCACCAAAACCCUGCAGUCUGAAGUGGGCCUGAAGCAGUGGCCCGAUCACCGCUCUCUGCCUCUCCCUGGCAUUUCUGAAGCCUCUGAUUUCGAUGUGCUCCUCCAGGACCGAAGUGUCACUCUAGCAGAUGCCUCUCAGGGCUUUGUCUCUCAGCUUAGUCUGCACAGUUCCGGCUUCUCUCCACUCGGCCUCGUCCUCCAGCUGCAGGGGGAUGUCCUGUCAGCUCUGGCUCUGGAUUGGGUCACCAAAAACCUAUACUGGAGCAGCAUGAAGAGGCCGGAGCUGUUCGUUACGUCUCCUGGAGGGAAGCUCACAGCUGUUGUUCUGCAGGCUGAGCUGGCGGGUACAGUCUCCAUCGCUCUGCAUCCCCCAUCAGGCCGUAUGUGUUUCACUGCUGUGGGUCGCAAUGGUGCUGAAAUGCUGCCCCAGGUGGACUGUGCUCACAUGGACGGGGCAAACCGAACCCGGCUCUGGAGCAAAGCAAAGAUGCCAGUGUCACUCGCCUUGUCAGAGAAGGGGAAUAUAUUGUACUGGGCAGAUAUUGGGAGUGAAUUGAUUUGUUCUAUUACUGUUGAUGGCUCUAACUAUAAGGAGUUCAGCACCGGAUCUGAAUUUAUGGUGUCUUUUGCCCGUAUUGACAACAUCUACUUCUGGAUCACACUGGACAACGGUACUUCUCAACUCUGGUACUCUGAUGGUUUCCAGCCCAAACAGAUGUGGUUUGAGGUGAAGACAAGUGUAAUUGAACUAAAGGCUUACAGCAGGUCCAGUCAGAAAGGAUCCAAUGCAUGCUCCAUAAACAACGGAGGCUGCAGUCAUCUCUGUCUGCCAAAUCCUGGUGGUCGCUCGUGUCGCUGCGCUCAGGACUAUCUAUCGGUGAACAACACCAAAUGUGUGUCCAGCCUCAAGUGUCCUGUGGGAUUUAAAGCAUGUAGAGACGGGCUCAAGUGUGUCCCUGUGGCAAAAUUCUGUGACCAGGUCCCGGACUGCCAGGAUGCCUCCGAUGAGGAGUGUGACCGUGUGAAAACCAAACCAGGGGUGAAAUCCAAAUCUGGGCCUGCCUCCCUCGACUCGGCUGUUGAACUUUCUCCAUCUUCAGAAAAUGGUGUUGUGGUGGAGAAUGUGGGCAGUGUGUCAUGUGCUGCGGAGCGAUGCAGUGCUCAUGGGAAGUGUGUAAGUGUGAACGGUGUGCUGGCGUGUGAAUGUGACGAAGGCUACAGUGGAGAUAACUGUCAGAACACCAAAUCCAGCAGCACAGCUAUCGCUCUCACACUCCUGUUUCUCUUCGGAGGAGCUCUGGUGGUCGCCAUCAUCCUCAAGAGAAGAAGGGCUCGAGCAGCAAGGGAAGAGUCAACUGAAAAAGAGAAUCUUGUGACUGAUGUGAAAGAGCACUUGACCUUCUCCGCUCAGAACUUUGCUAAUGAGUUGUAUGAUCCAGAAGAGGUUUCUAUUUCUUCAGCCGUCACCACACCUGUUGUCAGUUAAAACAAUUAUACAAUUUUUAAUAAAAAAUAAAUAUUAAUUGCAAGAUAUAUAGUGUGGUUCACUUUCUGGUCAUAUAAAAUGUUACAUGGAAAAGGGGCUUUAGUGCUUUUGACAAAGUAGAUGUUGAAAUGAGUUGUUUGAAAUUCUUAGAAAAUAUUUACGCAGUACUUCAUUAAGGAAACCACACAAUGUACAUGCCUUGGGCUGGAGUCAUUUCAGUCCGUUUCAAAGCACGCAAGCAUUUGGUUAUGCAAAUCCCACUUUCAAUACUUUUCCUCCAGCACCUCCACCUCUGUGAAACCUAAACCAAGAGGAAAAGCCAGUGAAUCAGGAAGAAUAAACUAGGAUACUUCCUUAAACUUCAGCCUCCACAUCAAAGUUUCUGAAAGUAAAGGUCAAGGUGCUCCAGGAUUGGCCAGUCGAGUCACCAGACAUGAAUGUUACUGAGCAUGUCUGGGGUACGAAGGAGGAGGCGUUGAAGAUUAAUUCAAAGAAUCUUGUUGAACUUUGGGAGUCCACUGCACCAUGACUUUAUAUUCCACGCUGUACAUUAUU